AAGAAGAUCUCUGAGUUGUCCACACUUGCACCAUUGAAGUCAUAAUUGUACUUGACACUUGAUUGAACCUAUGACUGAUUGAAAAUGCAAGUGAUUGAAUACACACAACAUUGGAUGCAAGAAGUUUACAAAGUUUGACAAGACUGAAUUCAGUGAUCAUUGAAUUUACUGAUGAUUGAAUUUACUAAUCAUUCAAUAUGGACAUGGUUGAAUCCAGAUACUUUGAAAAUAUUGUCAAAGCUGCACAUGGUUCAUUUUAUACAAACAUUUGUAUGAGUGAAGCUAUCAAUUGUUUCAGAUGAAAAUUGGACAUCAUAAUCAUACAACAAUACAGGAACAACCCUGAGCAUCUGAAAAGUAUUGCUAGCAAUACAUGUUUUGAGCUACACAUAAUUGUAGCUGCAUGAUUGAAGAACUAUGUAAUUGAAACUGCACGUGAUUGAAGCCAAACAUGAUUGAAAAAAACACAUGAUUGAAACUGCACAUGAUUUAAGCUGCACAUGAUUGAAGCUACAUGCGAUUGAAACUGCACAUGAUUUAAGCUGCACAUUAUUAAAGCUACACUCAAUUGAAACUAUACAUGAUUGAAACUGCAUGAUUUAAGCUGAACAUGAUUGAAGCUACAUGCAAUUAAAACUACACAAGAUUGAAGCUGCACGAAAUUGAAGCUCCAGCAAAGAGGGUGAAGACGUGACAACUACAAGAUCUCAUCAGCAUCAUGCCCCCAUAAUGUUCCCACAACGCAUCACAAUGUUGUCAUCAGCCACCAUCUUGUCUGUGCUUUAUGUGCUACUCGUCUACAGUCAGGGCUCGGUGCACGCCCCAAAUGGCCACCCGAGUCUACGUCUUCGUCGACACACCUUCCUGAGCGAACAAGACGCGGAAAAAAACGUGCCUAAGUUGUGCAAAGAUAAUGGGAAUAAUUUAAACAAAAUGGCUGACAAUGGGACUAUUUUCACUAUAGAUCUGCCUGCUAUAACAAAUUACAAUGUGUACAGUAAUAAACAGUAUAGUUUACCACACCCGAAAGUGGGAAAUGUUAGCGAUUCAAAACUGAAUGUGAUAAUUGUUCCACAUUCGCACGUAGAUGCGGGCUGGCUAAGGACAGUGGAGGAAUACUACAUGUACCAUGUCAAAGGUAUAUUGAACAACAUGGUCGUGAAACUUACAAAAUACAAGGAAAUGAAAUUUGUAUGGGCAGAGACUGUAUUUCUAUCAAUGUGGUGGAAUAACCUGGAUGACGAUGUGAAACAUAAAGUACGUCGGUUGAUAGAACGUGGUCAGCUGGAAAUAGCGCUUGGAGGUUGGGUGAUGUCUGACGAGGCUUCAACGCACUAUGUAUCAGUCAUUGAUCAGCUGAUGGAAGGACAUCAGUGGGUCAUUGAAAACCUGCACACCAAGCCUGUCAACAGCUGGGCCAUUGACCCCUUUGGUCACUCGGCAACUAUGCCGUAUCUAUGGAAACAGGCAGGAAUGGAAAAUAUGGUGAUCCAAAGGGUCCAUCAGGCUAUCAAAGCAACAUUGGCGGCUCAGACGGCCCUGGAAUUUCAGUGGAGGCAAAUGUGGGACAUGGAAGGGAAAACGGACAUUCUGUGCCAUGUCAUGCCAUAUAUUUACUAUGGAAUUCAACACACUUGUGGACCUAAUAACCAGGUGUGUGCCAUGUACGAUUAUGGACAGCCAAAGUCUAUUUUUGAGCAGUCUACAGGACGACUUGUGACUGAUGAAAAUAUUGAGAAACAGGCAAAGUAUUUGUAUGACCAGUAUAGAAUGAAAGCUGGGUUAUUUGAGUAUGGCACAGUGUUGGUGCCUCUUGGGGAUGAUUUCAGGUUUGAUACAUCAGAAGAGUGGGACCUUCAUUAUGAAAAUUAUAUGAAAAUCAUGGAUUACAUUAAUAGCAAACCUGAAUGGAACAUGAACGUUCAGUUUGGAACUUUAAGCACUUACUUCGAUUUGGUUAGAAAUAAUGAAAUGCAGCGAGUUUUGAUGAAUGAAACAGCAGAAUUUCCAGUUCUGAAAGGUGACUUUUUCCCAUAUUCGGAUCUUGAUUCUGAAUAUUGGACUGGUUACUAUUCCACAAGACCAUUUCAGAAGCAAUUGUCGCGUGAUUUGGAAGCCAGUCUAAGGGCUGGUGACAUUCUCAGCACACUCGCAAUCCACCAGUGCAAACGUUACAAUUUGGAGUUUGAGAGUUAUUUGGAGACCAUGUCGCAGUUACUGGAAGUACGACGAAGCCUUGGCUUGUUUCUGCACCACGACGCUAUAACGGGAACCGCUAAGCCAGAAGUGGUCCAAGACUAUGAAAAUAAACUGUUGCAUGCCUUCAACGUUUCUCAAAGUGUGAUUGCUCAGGCAACGCAGAACCUUCUAACAAUGUGUAAUAAUGACAGUCCAGUGAUUAUCAGUGCUCAUAAUGUGCGUCGAGAUGCACAUACCCCACCCACACAGUUUACAACUAUUGUAACAAAAUCUGGCACAAAAGUCAUAUUUGUAAACCCUGUUGCUCAAGAAAGAAGUGAAUUUAUUAGACUUAGAGUAGACAGUGCUAAUCUUGAUAUCAGAAAUUCCCAGGACUUGAACAUUCCAUUCCAGAUUAACCCAGUCUUUAAGUCUACAACGAAAAUUCAAACGUCUGAAUUUGAGGUAGUGUUUCUAAUAGAUAUGUCACCCUUUUCUAUUGAGACAUACACUUUGUACAAAGUUGAAGCACCUGUUUUGUGCUAUUGGUCUUCAAUAGAAACAUACGGAAUUGAAAAUUUUCAGAUCCCUAAAAAUUUGAAUUUUCAGUUAAAAAAUUCUUUGACUUUUAAAUCUUCCUACAAGAUAGAGAAUGAAAAUUUUGAGGCAAGAUUUGAAGAGAAUGGAAUGUUAACAGGUCUGUUUGAUCGGGUGAGGAGUAAAAGUAUUGAUAUUGGUGUUGAGUUCCUCUCCUACACUUCACAAGCCAGUGGUGCUUACUUGUUUUACCCAUCAGGUGAGGCAAAACCGAUUCAUGAAAGUACUCGCCCACAUGUGCGUCUCAUUAAAGGCCCAUUCUUGGAGCAGAUUGAAGUUGUUUAUAAACAUUUAUCUCAUUCUUUGAGCCUUUUCGACACGCCCACUGCCCAAGGUCAGGGCUUGCACGUGUAUAACGAACUCAAUAUGUUGUCUGCAGACUUAACCAAUCAGGAGGUCAUAAUGAGGGUCACUAGUGAGGUUAAAAAUGAACACGGUGAAUUUUACACGGACGAAAAUGGAUAUCAGCUCAUUCAAAGAAAAACUCGUCCGAAUACACGCGUGGAGACUAAUUAUUAUCCAGUCACGACUAUGGCCUUGAUAGAAGACAGUGCAUUGCGAUUGACAGUGCAUACCAGACAAAGUCAUGGUGUGGCCAGUCUUAAAGGAGGCUGGUUGGAGUUCAUGCUUGACCGCAAUGUUGACCGGGAUGAUAAUCGCGGUCUGGGAGAAGGGGUUACCGACAAUAGACCCACUGCGAGUCAUUUCAUCCUCCAGAUAGAACACAGACAGGGUACCUCUCAGUACCAGCAGAAGUUCACUUAUCCAUCUUUAACCAGUCAUAUAAUAAACGACCACUUGCAGCAACCAGUCCAAAAACUGUUCACAACAAUUAGAAAUAAUGCUUUCCAGUUCAGUUUCCGUCCCAUGCGUCACUCACUGCCAUGUGACCACUCGGUGGUUUCAUUAAAGACUCUGGUCACAUCGAACCUCGUCAACAAUGGAUCAAGCAUUAUCCUGCACAGAAAAGGUUAUAGCUGUGAUUUUCCACUGAGAGGCAUUCAGUGUCCAACAGAUUUAGAGACUGUCAGUUUUCACACCCUGUUUCCAGAUAUUCCAAUGACUGAUAUAAGGGAAACCACUCUUACUCAUCUUCAUGUCAGGAGUUCACUCCCUUUGAAUUCAUCCAUAAGACUUCAGCCCAUGGAAAUAAAAUCUUUUGUUGUAACUUUGUGACAGUGACUUACCUGUAUCAUUACUUUGAUGUUAUUUAAGAUAUUUGUUAUAUUUAUUGUAUGUAAAACAGCAUAAUCAUUUUCUUUGUGCUACAGUUAAUUAGUAAACAUAAGUGUUAUGUCAUUAAAAUGUAUGUGUGCAUUUUAUUUGUGACUCUUUUCUGCUAUUUUUAAACAUUCACAAUUUUAAAUAUUUUAAAAACAUUAUUUUACUUAAAUCAGAACCUAUCUAUUUAAUUAUUUAUAAUGAUUUGUAUGUUUCAUCUGUACUGAAUCAGCACUCCACACUUUAAGGCAUGCUCAUCAUUGAAACCAGACAUUUUCACUCACUGUUUCCAAUUAAAAAUGCGUUAGUUUGAGUGAUAACCUCUACGGGAAGACAUUAAGAUGUCUGCAGUUCACAUUAUAUUAAGAACUACACCCUUCAGUGGUUUCAUUACCCAAUCUAAUUUGGUGUCAUAUGAUAAAUUACAUCUGCGUCUGCCAGAGCAUACACACUUGAUAAAACCGAUUGCAUAAGAUUUUUUUCAUAUUUUGCGCACUUGAUAAUAAUUAUUAUAAAUUAAUCUUGAAAUAUUAAAACAUCUUUUUCAUUUAAGUGUCAUGAACAAAUGAUUUGAUUUGAUUUUUUUGUAUAUUAAGAAAGAAUGUAGGGAGUGCAUAAAUGACAUAUUAAAAUAUGUGUGAUUAUAAAGUCAUUAAUGAUCUAGCUGCUUUUUGACAAUUUCUCAUUGAACGUGUGAAUGCAUAUCUAUUUUUAUAAAUAUCCAUGACGCCAAUUUUAGUGUGAACAAAAGUGAAAUAAUUGCGUUGAUUUGUUUAAAACUUUUAGUAUUGAAUAUAACUCUGAAGAAUAUAAGCUUUGUUUUGUGGGUGUGACUGUACAGAUAUAUUUGAUAUUGUUUUGUGGGUGUGACUGUACAGAUAUAUUUGAUAUUGUUUUGUGGGUGUGACUGUACAGAUAUAUUUGAUAUUUUGAGCUACAACGUUUUUCUUGCUAUUUAUUUAAGCUUUUGAUCACUGUGUAAGUUGUUUAUAAACAAAUAUUUUUAAUUAAUAUUAUGUUUUCCCUUUGAUGUUUCAUAAAAUACUGAACAUGCUUGUUAAAGAAAAAGGUUUACAAGUCCACAUCAUGUUUUUCGCAUAUAAACUACACCCUAAUAAUUUUGUUAGUAAUUUUUGUUUUUAGCUAUUCAUAAAUAUUUAUUUUAUAGCAAACUGAAUGGUGCAGAAAUUGCAAACUGUUUAAAGUUACUUCCUCUGAAUGUUCUCUAUGUUAUUAGGUUUGUAAAGAAUUGUUGUCAACAUGUUGCUUUCUGUGUUUAUCCCUGUAAAUAUUUAUCAUUCCAUAUAUGUUCUGUUUAGCACUGAGCAGCAAUGUAUUAUGAUAUAAUGUUGGUUAUUAAUAUCAACUAUAAAUACAUAUGGGCCGUGCUCUGUGACAAGGGGGUUAAAUGCAUGUGCCUAAAGUGUUGUCCCAGAUUAGCCUGUGCAAAAUGCACAGGCUAAUCAGGAACGACACUUCCACCUUAACUAGAUUUUUGUUAAGAAGAAACUUCCUUUAAACGAAAAAUAUAUCAUAAAAAAUAUCGUCCUUGAUUAGCCUGUGCGGACUGCACAGGCUAAUCUGGGAUGACACUUUAGGCACAUGCAUUAAAGCCCUAUUCACAGAACAUAUUGGCUCGUAUUCAUGUUCAUGUGUAUAUAACUUAUAAAACUUUCUUUGUGCUUUUGAUGUUUGUAAGUUUUUUAACAGGUAAUGUUCACGGAUGGUCAAAUUGCUUAUUUUCUGGAUUGUUGUCAUAGAUCAAUAAGUAAAUUAAGAUUGUAUGAAUAAUAUUUAUUAGCCUUGCUCUGAGGAAUGGUGCUUAUGCUUGUGCAUAAAGUGUUGUCCCAGAUUAGCCAGUGUAGUCUGCACAGGCUUGUCAGAGACAACAUUUUCAGCUUUGAUGAAUUUUUUGUUUCAAGGAAGUCUUUAGUGAAAAUCCUGUUUAGGGGGUACGUGUUGUCCCUGAGUAGCCUGUGCUGACUGCACUGGCUAAUAAGAAAGGACACUGUGUGCACUCGAAUAUGUUUUUCCUGUACAAUUCACAUAAAUAUCAUAUUUGCAAUUACAUAUCGUCGAUGUCGUUCUCGAACCUCGUAGCCCCAAAAUUUUCAUUUUUUUUCGUCUUUUACGAAUAUAUGAAGUCUGGCGCGUGUUUUGUGCUAUAUCUCGUAGCUCUACCCCAAUCAGAGCCCUUGAAAAAUGCACGUGACGAAAUGUUGUAGCUUGAUUGUUGGCUUUUUUUCUGGCGAAAAGUCGAAGCGAUGUCCACCUAUAGGUACGUCAUUUUGUUUGGACAAAUUUGACAAGAACGUUUUUAUAUUUGCAGCUACGAGGUUUCCUAUCAAGACGAAUUGUUGUACCUCAUACAAAUGACAAAACUGUGGUGACAAAAUAUCGUAGCUACCAUUUUUGAACAUCAGUGUGACUUAUCAGUAUGACUUACGCGUCUACGGCUUAUACCGUAUUUUGCAGCUUCAUUUGUUUGGUAUUUUUACAGAAUUUCAAUUUCUAAAACAUCGUUAUAAAAAAAUGAGACGUUUUUUCUCUCUCCUGAAAACUUGGCAUUUUGUAGCUAGGAGGUUUGAGAACGACAGCGACUGAUAUACUAUUAUGUUAAAGGGAUAUUCUAGAAUAUUAUUUACCCAGUUCUAGUAAACUAAAGUUUUUAUCAUUAUUGUACUUCGAGUUAUAAGCCUGUACAUGGUUUUAAUAUCAGGGAAAAUAAUCCAAUAUCAAUACAAGUUUCUUUGAAAAGAAAAUCCAGUUUAGGCUGAAAGUGUCAUCCUUGAUUAAUUUUGGACGACACUUUAUGCACAUGCAUUAAACCCAGUUUUCCCACAAUGGGACUUAUAUUUGUGCUUUAUAAAGCUAUUACACAUAGAAUGAUACACUAGCCUGUGUGUUUGGAUGGUCAAUUGGUAGACAGACACUGCAUGGUCAGUUGAGAUCCACAUGGUCUGGGGUUUGAGUCCCUGUGGUCAGUUGAGAUCCACAUGGUCUGGGGUUCGAGACCUUGCUGUUAAGGGUCUUCAAUAUUUGAUGUUUACAUAAAGGGAAUCUUCCUAAUUUAUGAAUAUGUAUGAACUGAUCAGCUUAAGCAGAUUUUAAAAUACUUAAAAGGUUUAAAAACAUAGAUUACGAACAUAAUUAUAUUGGGUUAUCUUCAAUAUUUACCACUUACACACCCUCUUAUGAAACAUGGUACUAGAUGUACCCAUUUUGACUAUAAUGUUCUUUGAAGCAUAUAAUUACGCUCUUUCAUCUAUGAUUACUUAAUUUCACUAAUUUUAUUUAUUUGCUUUCAUGUAUUUUUCAGGAACAUACCAAGCAUAGGCGCCUACCUUUAUUUUACACUUCAUAAUUUAGUUAUUACUUAAAUUUGUCAGAUAUAUAUAGUCUUUGGCUCCAUCAGGUCUGUUAACCAUCUUUAGCACAAAUUUCUUAUACGGUAUUUUUGAAACUGAAUACUUAGGUAAAUUAAAUUUGAAGCUUACAUUUCAAAGACAUGUUUGUUGUUACUUAAGGGAUUACCAAAGUCAAA